GUUUAUUUAAAUUAGUCAUGUCGUUAACAUUGUUUCUAUUUCUAGUUGUCUUUGGUUUUGCAUUUUUAGGUCAGCAUCAGGCAGGUGCUGACUGUGGUGCAGAUCUCUGGAAGGAUGAUGAGGACUUGAGUGAAGGAUCCUGCAGUCGACCCUCCCUAUCGAAUACCAAAGAUGAUGACGAUCCCGUGUACUCUAUCGAAGAUGAUCCCUACAUAAAGGCCUCAACCAUUCCAAAGGAGAAACCAAGCGAGUCGCAAACGGAAGUUCAGGAACCCUUUUUCCAAACCAUAGUAAAGAUUUUCAAAUUUCUGUGGCAGGUUAUGAGUAUUUGGAUAAAUUUCAAUAAAUAAAAGCGAUAAGGCAAUUCUGUUAACAGAUCCAAAAAUGAAAA